CAAUCUGGGUCUUGAGCUACCAAUGCCUACCACCACGGUACACCCGAUUACUGCCUUGACCCCAGAGCUUGAAGCGGUCCUGAAAGAGGACACGGACCGUCACUUAAGGAACCUGAUAGCGGCCAAUAUCGGGACCCAGUAUGCUCGUAGUUCCCCCCAACUCUCAGACUUCUAUCUGGCCGUCAAAGAUAAGGAUGUACAGAACGACGAAACUGUCCUCUCCGAUUUCCGUCGUCUUAUCUCACCAACAGACUACGAAACUUACCGUCCGUUUUUUGAGAAGUUCAAUUCCCGCCCUUGCAGAUUGUCCGAAGUCGAGAAUAUGCUUGCACCGGGUUUGCCCGCUUACAUCCCUCUCUCGAGUGCCACUUCGGGCAAGAAAUCCAAGCAAUUUGCCAAGUACUUUCGAUCUCAGCCCCGUUCUACCGGCAUCUCGUCGUUGUCUGUAGAAACUGCUGCACGUUUUGUUACUUUGGCGUACAGAGACCCGGUAGUCGUCGUAACAGAUUCUGGGGAAGUCGUGGCGAGGAUUCCAGUUUGCAACGAGUCGACCGGGAUAACACGUACACAACACAAUUGGUCCAUCGAAACGGAUGACACUCGCAUGGCAUCUAUGAUUCCAGGCAACACAGCUCCGUGGGCCACAGGACUUAUCACCCACCAUCGGUCUUUCUUGCUGAUCCAUGCACUAUUUGCUUUGGCAAAUACAUCCCUGGAGGGGAUUGCUGCGAUGUUUGUAGUACUUUUCAUGGACAUGGUACACCGCAUCGAAGAGGAGUGGCCCACACUCAUUUCAAGCAUUCGAAAUGGAACCAUCCCAGAUUUCGAACAGAUAGGCCACGUCCGGCCUUACCUGCAGCUUAAUAUGCAUGCAGACCCACAGCGGGCAGAUGAACUUCAGGACAUUGGACCUCCUCUUUCUAGUCCUGGGUGGGCCCAACGUGUUUGGCCAAAUCUGAAGGUCCUUUCAGGCGUUUGUAGCGGUACAUUCGCCAGGGCACUACCCCAGGCGAGGUCAAUCCUUGGACUAAAUGUAGUCGUCCACAACCCUUGUUACCUUUGCACAGAAUGCUUCAUAGGUAGACCCCUUAACUUCGACGAUACCGAGACAUUUGUUGUUGUAACCACCGACCUCAUCGAGUUUCUUGACAUGACAGAAGAACGAACACAUGGACAAGUCCUUCAAGCGUGGGACCUUCAACCGGGGAAGUUCUACCAACCUUUAUCAACGACCCAUGAUGGACUAUGGAGAUACUUUAUAGAUGACGUCAUCCAAGUCACCGGAUUUGACCCGCGUAAUGGGCUGCCAGUAUUUAGGUACUCCAGGCGGAAGAAUCUGGAGCUCCGACUGCCACAUGCCAUGAUCACAGAAGCUGAUCUCGUCUGCGUGAUUCAUGCGAUUAGUGGAAAGGAUAUAGUAGAGGUAGAAGAGUUCACAACAGUCGUCGAUGACCGCAAGUUCCCCCUAACAGUCGGAUUUUUCAUCUCAGUUAAGGGCGACAUAGGCCCCAAUGCGAAAUCGGCGAGACAGAAGGCUUUCGCAGCCUUCGUUGCAACCAGUGACGAACACCAAAUUGCAUUCGACACGGAUGAAUUUGGUUUGCCCACAAUCCGCAUUGUGAAAUCCGGAACAUUUGCAGAUUAUCGGCGGUGGCGAGGAGAAAGUCUGAAUCUUAGCGUUGUGCAGAGCAAGCUUCCCUCUGUGCUUUCUGACUCUAAGGCUCAAGAGUGGAUGACGGAGAGGGUCAUGUUGGAGCUCUGAUUGCAGUUCAUCGAUAAGUAGCCUGGUUCAUCACCAUGAUCGCAACAAUGUAUUAUAGCAAUCUGCGCAGUCGAUGCAGAGUAUGAAUCGCUGAAGCCAGCCCGGUGUAUCCUGUAG